GGCGCCAUCGUACCUCUCUCUCCUUCCUUCUAUCGUCUUACCGUCUUUCCUCCCUCCUCUCUCGGCUGCUUUUUGACAAAAUGGAGACUUUAUCCGUAGGACUCUCAACUUCUCCACCUUCAUUAAACUACCCCAAUAUCCAAACUUUUACUUCCAAACCCAUUCUUCGAAUCCCCAGUUCAACUUCUCAGUCCCGCCAUUUUAUGCAAACUGUUUCCCCUCCCACUAAAGCACCUCGUCAAGCACCCCAGACUGAAUUUCCGAAUAGUCAGCUAACCAAAACUUUAACCACUCUUUGUAAUGGGGAUAUGUUAAGGUUUCAUUUGGAUGCCAUGCUUCUCAAAUCCCAUGUUUCCUUUCUAUCAAUGGGAUUCUUUUUCCCUCUUUCUUGUUUUGCUUCUGAAGCUGCUGUACCAACAACUCAAGAAGUCUCUAACAAAAUUAACUUGGAAGCUGUUGUGGUUUCAGUGGAUGAUUUCUUCAAUAAAAAUCCAUUCUUUGUUGCUGGGGUUGUCUUUAUUUGGCUUGUUGUAGUCCCAUUGGGCCAAGAAUACUUUCGGAAGUAUAAGUUUAUCUCUGCCAUUGAUGCUUUCAGGAAACUCCGGGAUGACCCCAAUUAUCAGCUGUUGGAUAUCAGGGAUGAGAAGAGUUUGGAUUUCCUGAAUUCACCUAAUUUGAAGAUUUUAAAUAAGAGUGUGCUGCAGGUGGCUUUUUCCGAAGGAGAUGAAGAAGGUUUUUUGAGGCAAGUUUUGGAAAAAUUUAAGGAGCCAGAUAAAACCACUGUUUGUGUUCUGGACAAUUUUGAUGGUAACUCCAUGAAAGUGGCUGAGUUAUUAGCCAAAAAUGGACUUAAGGAAGCUUAUGCAAUUAGAGGUGGAAUUAGAGGCAACAAAGGAUGGCAGGAGAUACAAGAAACUCUGCUCCCUCCAUCUGUGCACAUCUACCCCAAGAAGAAGGCCAAAGUUUCACAGCAACCUAGUGGUAAUGGUGGAGUAAACAGCCAAACUGAAGGUAGCUCAUCAUCUGUUACGGGUCUGCUUGCCAACGAACCUGAAAAGAUCAGCGAUGGAUCUGUAAUCAGUUCUUCUGAACUGACCUCUGGGACAAAAUGUGGCCCUAGAUCAUCAUCGCCAUACCCAAAUUAUCCAGAUUUGAAACCACCAUCAUCCCCAACACCAUCAAAGCCAGAAAUAUGAUGCAAAGCCUCACUGACUUAAACGCUGAAACUUCGUCAUUGCUUGGGUAGUUUUUCUGAACUGUUGCUUCAACUUGUCGCAUUCCAUAAAUUUCUGAAGAGAGUGCAGAGUUUAGUUUGAUCCAUGGAGGGAAGCCUACUGCUGGAUUUUUUUCAAUUUUAUUACUGUCACGGAGUAGCAACCAAUUGUUUUCUCAAGAUAAGAGAAUGAUCGAAGGCAGUUAUCGGAAAAGGAAUCCUAAUUGCCAAGCUAGACACUUCGAUGAUCAUGUAGUGCUGUUUGGAAGUAUGUGUGCAACAUGGAAUUUAUGAACACAAGUACCAAAUAGGAAUUUUUUUUUUUUUUUUGUAUUACUGAUGCUAUCUUUUGAGUGUUGCUUGUCUUCAUAAUGUUAAACAAUUAACAUAAACAGCUUGGUAUGAUACGCUUUCCCAGUCUUGAUCUUGGUUA